AUGUCGUACGCGUUGGACAUGGUUUCUCACACAUCUGUGAUGCCCGCCGCUGCAUCCCUUGCGGUACUUCUCUGCAUUCUCUAUUAUGCUGUAUCCAUGGUGCAAGGGAAGCGUCUUCCUCCUGGCCCCCGACGCUUACCAUUGAUUGGUAACGCUCAUCAGAUGCCUAAGGGCCAUCCCUGGCUGAAGUUUACCGAGUGGAAGAAGACCUACGGAAAUAUCAUACAUGUCGAUAUUCUGGGCAAGCCGCACAUAAUUCUCAACUCAGCCAGGGUCGCGAAAGAGCUGUUGGACAAGCGCUCGUCUAUUUACUCUGAUCGACCGCACUUCGUUUUUGCAGGUGAUCUUGUACACUACGAUGAACCCUUCGCCCUUCAGCCAUACGGUGACAAUUGGAGAAGACAACGUCGACUCGUAGCUCAGGAUUUCAGUCUUGGGAUGACCCCACGAUAUUACUCUUUGCAAGAGAAGGAGGCUGCCUCCUUGGUGCGCACAUUAAUGCAGAGGCCGGAAAGAUUGUUCCCGGAAGUUAAGCUGCGAAUAGCAAUCAUUAUUAUGAGAGUGACAUAUGGAUAUUAUAUUCAAUCCGAAGACGACCCUUACUUGACUGUGGUUUUGGCUGCAAUGACGAAUUUCAGCAAGGCAACAGCGCCUGGUGCCUUCUUGGUUGACUUCGUCCCUGCGUUAAAGCAUAUGCCACGUUGGAUGCCCGGCUCAGGUUUUUUGAAAAUAGCUGAGGAGUGGAACAAAAUCUUCUUUGAUUCAACUAUGAAUAUCUUCGAUUGGUGUAAGAGCAAUCUCGAUACAGGAAAAUCUCUUAUGCCUAAUCUCUGCGGAAGGUAUCUACAAGAUGCGAACGGGAAAAUGUCUAAAGAGGAUGAGAAGACGUUGCUUUGGGGGGCUUCUUGUGUUUUCGGAGGUGGUUUGGAUACUAAUAUGUCCUCAGCUUUGACGUUUUACAUGGCAAUGCUCCUUUAUCCCGAAGUACAGGCAAAAGCGCAGGCAGAAAUAGACUCUGUCAUCGGAAAGGAUAGAUUGCCAACUAUCGCGGAUAAGCCAGACCUACCCUAUAUCAGAAGCAUCUUGGCAGAAACAUACCGUUGGAGCCCUGCUGCCCCACUUGGAAUUCCUCAUGCCGUGACCCAGGACGAUGUCUACGACGGAUACGAUAUUCCUAAAGGAGCCACUAUUCUUCCCAAUGUUUGGGGUAUGCUUCAUGACCCAGAAGUCUAUCCUCGGCCAAUGGAAUUUGAUCCAGAACGAUACAAUGGACUGGAUUCAGAGAUGGUGAAGGUGACAAGCCUUGUAUUUGGAUUUGGUAGGCGCGUUUGCCCCGGUAUUUAUUUCGCGGAAGGGACUCUCUUCGCAAUCAUUGCAACUACUCUGGCUACCUGUGAUAUCCUGCCCGGUCUUGAUGAGCAUGGAAACGAAGUGCUCCCAACUUACUCCUAUACCCCAGGAACACUCACUACUCCCGAGCCAUUUACCCUCAGGCUGAAACCCCGCUCUUCUAGUUCCUUAGCGCUCCUGGCCGACAUCCCACCAACAAUAGAAUGA